AUGCAUCGCGACUUAUCUUCCAUCAACGAGCAAAAUGAUAGUGUUGACACUACAUCAAAUCGAAAAGUUCCACAUAAUGUGGAGGACACGCUAGCCAAAAUUUUACCCUCAGAGGACGUCCUGGACCGACCUGAGUUCGAUGCAUGUGAAUUUAUAAAUCGGAACUUUCCCGAUGAGCAGAGUCUAGAAGACAUCAGUGACUUUGUCAUUCGCCUUCGUGGACGCAUGAAGGAGCUGGACGAUUCGCUAUCUCAGGCGUCACAAGAACAAAGCUUAGUAGCUCACCAGGCGCUUGUAGAUCUUAAGGAGGCAAAAGUGGCUUCUCAGCAGCUUUUUCACAAAAUAAAAGAUAUACGAGGAAAAGCGGAGCAGUCUGAAAUUAUGGUGCAAGAAAUUUGCCGUGAUAUCAAGCAGCUCGACUACGCCAAGCACCACCUGCAGACAACUCUCACGGCCCUAAAGCGGCUACAUAUGCUCGUUAAUGCAGUAGACCAGCUAGAAUAUAUGUCUUCACAGCGAAAUUAUCGCGAAGCUGCCACUCUCCUUGAAGCCGUCAACCAAUUAUAUACGCAUUUUGACGGCUACACGAACGUCAGUAAGAUCGUUGAACUUCACAAGACAGUGCGUACUUUACAGGAAGAGCUUGGAGAGCAGAUCUUUGCCGACUUUCGUUCUAUUGGACCAAUGGAAUGUCUAGAAGAGAAUUUUACAUCACAUGAAGAGCGACAAGCGGUUUUUGCCAAUCUCUCGGCGGCAUGUGCCGUCGUCAAUGCAUUGGGAAAGGGAACAAGGGAAAAGCUGAUCCAAUUGUUUUGUGGCGAACAGCUGAUGAGUUACGAGAAAUUAUACGGAAACGGAGGAGAGUGCUCUGGAUUGCAGCAUGCUGAGACGAGAUAUAUGUGGUUUUACAACCUCCUCACUGCAAUUGAAGACCGAGUUAAUGCUGUAUUUCCAAUUCAUUGGCGAAUGGCUCAACGUUUGUGCAUAUACUUUUGUGAGAUAACUCGAAAUCAUUUACUCGCGCAGAUAGGUGCACAGACUCCAGAGGAGCUGGAUGUGACACUGCUGCUUAAGUGCUUACAGCGAACGCUAAUGUUUGAACGCGAUGCAGCGCAUAGAUUCGAAGGGCCUGCAGACAAUAAAGAUUCUGAAGGUAUAGAGCUUAAUAAAAAUGGCGAAGUUAUUGAUCCACAUUCAGCAGAAGGCAUUAAAGUGAAGUAUCGUCGCGAAAAGCAGGAGGUCAUGCGGAAGGCAUUAGAGGAAGAUAUGAUGAAAAAUGGCACGUUGUCAAACCAUAACACUGAGGAAUUACCGACAAUUCGUGGACUGGUCUCUCGUUCAUUUGACCCCUUUAUGACGGUUUAUGUAUCACUGGAGCGCAAGAACAUGGCACAAAUGAUUAAUGAAAUCACGAGCGCUGAAUUGGUAGAUCGCAACGGACAGCUGCCUGUAUUUUCGAGUUCGGUCAACAUGUUUGCUUAUAUUCGUAAUUCAAUUAAACGAUGUUUGGCGCUGACAAACGGGCAAACCUUUUUUGACCUUCAUAUUGAAUUCAAACGCUGUUUUCAGCUUUACUCACAACGACUUCACGAGAAACUCCCCGUCACCUCGACUGGACCAUCCGAUAGUUUAGAGUCGUCGAGUAUUGGUACACACAAAAAGAUCAAGCUGUCUGAGAAGCAGGUAGAAGAGCUUUGUUUUGUAAUCAAUACGGCAGAGUACUGUGCCGAAACACUCCCAUCUCUGGAGGAAGUUAUUCGGGCAAAAAUUGACACGGCAUUCAGUGAAGCAAUCGAGCUUUCUCAUGAAAUUGAUUCAUUUCAUGAUGUGGGCACCCAUGCUAUGAAAUGUAUCGUUUCAGGAUUGGAGUCAUUGCUCGACGACGAUUUAGCGGCGCUUCUUAAGAUCAACUGGCAGUCAUGGGAAGCAGUUGGUGAUGAGAGUUCGUAUGUUACUCAAAUGGGCGAGAAGCUUCAAACGUAUGUGCCGGUUUUGCGUCAAAUGCUGUCUGGCUUGUACUUCAAUAAUUUUUGUGACAAGUUUGCCACCACUUUCGUGCCAAAGAUCUUGCAAGCUGUGUUAAAGUGCCGCAAGAUAAAUCAAGUCGCUACUCAGCAACUGCUGUUGGAUGUGUACGCACUUAAGACGCUCUUCCUUCAAUUGCCAGUGCUUAUCAAAGACGAUGUUUCACCAUCGAUCACGAGCACGACUACUAUCCCGUCGCGCUAUGUUAAGUUUGUCACGAAAGAAAUGGCGAUAGUAGAGAAUGUACUAAAGCUUAUCGGCACUCCGAACGAAAUGCUUGUUGAAAGCUUCAAAAUUAUGUGGCCAGAUGGAACCGCUGAGGACUUUCAGAGUAUAAUGGUUAUAAAAGGACUGAAGAAGAGUGAGCAAAUUGCAUAUCUCGAGACGCUGGGUAUGCAGCGUAAGCCUACGGGAAAAAUUGCCGAAAUGGAGGGUAAGGUGAGUGAUAUGACAGAGAAUUGGAGGAAAAAUAUGCAGAGUUUAGCCAAGGUGCCGUUUACUUUCACAAGCGGCAUGAAUCAUGUAGCACAUUGA